AUCGUCUGUUCGAAACAAACGUUUACCAAAAGAGCAGAGUAAAGAGCAACAAGAGGACGGCGAUGAACCCAGAGGCGUAGUUGAGAUUGUGUGUAACAGAGUCAAGCAGAGGAGGUAAAGGUGUCUGGAUUCGAGAUUCGACAAGGUCCGACGAGGUCUGCGCCGGCAUAGUUGGGUUCUGACCAGGCUUCCGGCGGUUAUUGCUUUUUUUGAACAUACCGGCUUUGAGAUUUUUGUGUUACGAAAGAUAAAGUACAGUAUGUAGUCUAAACGAGAUGCUAAACUUGAAAAUAGUUUGCUUCGGGAGAAAUGAACCCAUUAAGUGGAAUCGUAGAUCCAGUUCAGCUGAUCAGCCAGCAACAUUUAGUUGAUAUGCCCUUUACCUCCAACGGAGAAACACCUGAAUGGAAAAGAAUCCUUUCAGAACUCUUAGAAGCAUCAAAGGAAGGUAAUUGGAAGGCUGCUAAGGGCAUUUUAGACAAACAUAAAGAGCUGGUAAGGGUUAGCAUCAAUGUAUGGGGUGAAACAGCACUUCAUGUUGCAGCGUAUGAAGGACAUACUUUGUUUGUUGAAAAUCUGGUAAGAUUGAUGGAAAAUGUGGAUUUAGAGCUUAAGAAUAGCAGUUCCAACACUGCGCUGCAUAUAGUUGCUCAAGGCAAAAAUGUGGGUAUAGCUAAUGUUCUGGCAACCAAGAACCCAAAAUUGCUGGAUAUGGAAGGUAAUGAUGGAAAGUUGCCACUCCAAAUGGCAGCUUUAUCCGGAAACCAGGAUAUGAUCAUUUAUCUUCAUGGGAUGUCUAAAAGAAUGAAAUGCAGUGCUUGGACAGAUGAGAGACGAUGUGGUGUUCUAUUGACAUGUGUUGAAGCUGAGCUAUUUGAGGUUGCACAAGAAAUAGUAAAGGACUUUCCAAAACUUGCUCAGAGUGAAGACGAAGACAGUAUACUCGGAGUUCUUGCUCGUCAACGUAAUGCAUUUAAUAUUAAAAAACACCUUUAUCAAUACGAUGCAUACCAAGGGCAUGUUGAUCAGGGAAAUCAAACACUACAGUUGUUUACAACUGUUUUGACAUAUUUCCGGAAGCCUAAUGCUGAUGCAUAUGGAUGUCAUGUUGAUGAGGAGAAUCAAGCAGUGCAAUUGCUUAGAACGAUUUUGGAAAAUGUUCCCAAGCCUAUCUCUGAUGACAUGCAAAGAGGUACUGUUGACCAGAUUCUGGAAGAUAAUGUAUUGGAAGAAUCAUGCCAAUGCCCAAAAUAUAUCUCCAGGGUACUAUUUGUAGCUGCAGAAGAGGACAAUGCUGCAUUUGUGGAUGUGCUAAUUCGUCAAUAUCCAAAGGCUGUGCUGCAUCAGAAUGAUAAUAAGAUGACUUUAUUUCAGGUCGCCGUCUUAUGUCGUUGUCUUGGAAUCUUCAACCUAUUGUGCUGUGUAGGCUCAAUCAAAGAGUCGAUAAUCACUGUUGAAGACGAAAAUGGGAACAAUUUACUCCAUUUAGUUGGAAUCCUCGAGGAGGCCACAAUGAGCAAUCAAUGGCAGGACUUUCAAGAACCAGAUGUAGAAAUGGCAGAAAAGGAAAAAUGGUUCAAGAUGGUUUCGGAUAUGCUCCCUCCCUCACUUAGAGAAAAGAAGAACAAAGAUGGUUUAAGACCACGUGAAUUGUUCACGAAAAAUAAUAAAGACCUGUUUCUUAGAGCGGUUGACUCGGAUAAAAAAACAGUUUACGUCUUGUAUGCUUCUGUGAUGUCUUUGCUCGUCGUCAUUGCUGCAUCUACAGUAUAUCCAAACCACCGAGACAUCGGGCUGCUAUCGGCGCUUGCUAUGCUAUUGCAUGGGAUGGCUUUCAUACUCACUUUCACAUCAGUCAUCAGUACCUUGUCUAUCAUGUGGCCUAACUAUGUUGAGCGUGGUUUCUUCUCAUUACGCUCAGUGAUCGCAUCCAUCAUGAGACGAAAUCUAAUGGCUGUCUUAUUGGUGUUUUUUACUGCAGCAAUGACGUACAACCCAUACGUCUUGCUGUUGUCGACAAUAAUGAUGAUUAUUCCUUUUCUCUACUGGAUAAUCUGUCACAGUUCUAGAACUUCAUUGAGAAACCUAUAGUAUCUCUUUCUCUAUAUUAGGAAUAAUGUUUUGUUCUCAUUUGUAUAAUUUGUCGAGGAUGAAGCUACAUUGAUUUAAAGGGUGUCCAUGAACACCCUUGAGUUUGAAAAAUUUUUCAUAGUAUAUAUUAUUAAAUCUGGAUGGAUUCCGGUUGUAA